AUGCCAAAUCCUAAACAAAGCAUCAUAAGCCUUCUUAAAAAAAGGCAAACGACCCAGAAGAAUUCUCCAUUCGUGUCACCUAUCUUCACGCGUUCACACACAGAAUCUAACUUUGAUAGUAUCGUCACAACUCGCAAGCCUACCUACCUCAACACUCCUGAGCCCCUUAUUUACAUGACUUCUAUUGAUGGUAAAAUUUUAAAAUACGCUGCGAUCUGGCAAAGAGCCAAAAACAAAAUCAUCAUGAACCUUCGAAUGAAAAAGAUGAUCAAUGAUAUCAAGCUCUUUGGGCCAAACCAAGGCGUCUUUACAGAGUACACAAUGGAAAGCAGCCAGCUAGACAAAUAUUUUCAGCUAAAAGCAUCGUAUAUGAUAAAAGGAAUCCUCGACAAGGACAAUGUAGAGUUACCAUUUUUGAUUUUUCAUCCGAAUCUCUGUUUCCGUUCAAUGUGAAAUGUGCUGAUUGGGUUUUUAUUGCUAUAUACAGCCACUUGUACACCUUUUGUUCUAGCUUUUAUGAGCGCUGAGCCAUUUGACGUCUGGUUUUGGCUGGAUUUUGUCCAGGAUAUAUUUUUUAUAUUAGAUAUUAUUCUCAAUCUGAAUACAGCUUAUUAUGAUAAAAAUGGGACUUUGAUAACAGAAAGGAAGAAAAUAUUUUUAAAUUAUGCUUGUGGGUGGCUAGUUGUAGAUGCUUUCUCAAGCAUGCCGUUUGAGAUGAUUGAAGAGUUGAUGGCUGUCAGUAUCAACUUGAGAAAUUAUAACACUUUGGCGAGGCUUCUGAGGCUGAGAUAUGUUCCAAGGCUGUUUAGGCUGUCUAGAAUACUUAAGCUUGCAAGAACUAAUAAAGGAAGCGGAUUUUUAGAUCAACUUCAAAUAUUUUUAAAUGUGAAUCAUGGGUUUGUAAGGAUGCUGAGUGCGGUAUCAGCAAUUCUUAUUAGUCUACACAUAUCUGGCUGUCUCUUCUUUUUAACUGCUAAACUAGACAACUUUAAUCCAAAUACAUGGGUCGUCAGACUUGGCUACAUUGAUAUGAGUACUUUUUCAUGCUAUUUAGCCUCAAUCUAUUGGGCCUUAACUACCUUAACAACUGUAGGAUAUGGUGAUAUAAACGCAUUCACAACAUAUGAAAAGCUUGUAGCAAUUUGCUGGAUGAUAACAGGAAUUUAUUUUUUAUCGUUUACUAUCAGCAGCCUUUCUUCUAUGUUUGCACAGUCCGAUACCAAGAGAAAUAUUAUUGACCAAAAAAUGGCAAUUGCAGAGGAAUACAUAAAAGAAGCUGUGCUGCCCAAAGAUAUAAAAGGGAAAAUGCAAAAAAGCAUCAGAGUAGCUGCUGAGAAAACUACGUUUUCUUUAGAGGAUAGAGAAGAUAUGCUGGAUGAUUUUCCUAAACAAUUGAGGUUUGAAAUCGCUGAGGACAUGCAUCAUGGAGCGCUGCGCAAGUUUCCAUUUUUUGGUGAUAAAGAUUCGCAGUUCAUUGCUUCUGUUUUCCCAUAUAUGCAGGCAAGUUUUAUCCCUAAGCACGAGCUUAUUUUUGGGAUAGGAGAAUUGUCACAUAAUAUUAUGUUUCUUGCCAGAGGUAAAGUAACGAUGACCCCCCCUCAAUCUUCAUGUCUACUGUAACAAAAAUUUUUCGAAAAAAUUUUUCAUGCCUACUGCAACACAACAUUUUUAUAAAAAAAAUUAAAGCAUUUUUCUCUAGGUGAGUUUCUCAAAAAACCCAUAAAACAGCGCUGCUGUAGGCGUAUCAAUGACCUUCUCAUCGAGAUUUGGACGGCUAUUGUCAUCGCUCGCCAUUUUAUUAAACUUAUCUAGCUAAAAAGUACGAAAAAAUUUAAGAUGCGCAUCGAAAAUUUGUUGCUAGAGGAUUAGGAUUAGGAUUAUUACAGACAGGCACUAGCCAUAUUGGUGAUGCAAUUCACCAAAGACCUCCGGUACGGAAGGUUCUACCGCUUUUCGACUCCAGCCCAGAGAAUCUAUUCCUCUUACGAGUGCCCUUCCGGUACAUUCUGUCUCCUCCUUGCCUUGCGGCUUCAGUCUUUAGUGGGCGGCUUAUGGAUUUCUGUGCCCUGCUGCAGGCGAUUGGAGUAGCUUGAUUCCAAGGAUCAGCUCCUUGGAGUCUAUCGAGUGUCAAAGUGCCUUCCUUCGACAGCUACAGGAAAAAGACUUUUCCCCUGUGGCCUGGAGUGAAACCCCAGUUUCUCGGUAGAGGAAUGCCCAUGGGUCCUCGGAUCCAAAGGACAUUGUUGAGCACCUCCAUUGCCAACCACAGAGCAGCCAAAACCUACCCGGAUACACACUUCUUGAGCCUGCGUCUGAUUCUCGGCUCGGACUUUUAUUUUUAGCGCGAAAAUGGUGAAGAAAAACAAGUCAAUAGGAGCUGCCCAAGUGAUCAAAAAGCUGGGAAUUAGCGAAAAUGACCUUUUCUACAACUAUUUAGCAACAUGUGAUGAUUUAAACUAUAGAAGAACUGGAUGAUCUGGAGGAGUACCUAGAUGAAUGCGAGGAAGAUUUUUGGGAGGACGAACUUACCGAGAGCGAAAUGGAAGAAGAUGAGGAAAAUGAUUAUUUGGAGGAUACAGAGCAAGAAAUUGAGGAAAAAUUGUUGGAAUGAGCAAAAAGAGCUCAAAGGAGAGGUUUUGGAUAACGGAGAGUUGAUCCUGACCACAGGAUUGGUUCAUCUCUCAUCACCCGAAAUCUUUAUAUUGGACAUAGCAAGAGAAAGCAAAGGAACCAAAGGAAUCAAAGAAACCAAAGAAACCAGAGAAACCAAAGAAACUAAGGAAACCAAAGAAACCAAAGAGACCAAAGAAGCCAAAGAAACCAAGAAACCAAAAGAGACCAAAGAAGCCAAAGAAACCAAAGAAACCAAAGAGAACAAAGAACCCAAAGAAACCAAAGAGACCAAAGAAACCAAAGAAACCAAAGAAACCAAAGAAACCAAAGAAACCAAAGAGACCAAAGAAACCAAAGAAACCAAAGAAAUCAAAGAAACCAAAGAAACCAAAGAAAACCAAAGAAACCCAAGAAACCAAAGAAACCAAAGAGACCAAAGAAGCCAAAGAAACCAAAGAAACCAAAGGAACCAAAGAAACCAAAGAAGCCAAAGAAUCCAAAGAAACCAAAGAAGCCAAAGAAAUCAAGGGGGCCAGAGAGAGCAAGGAAAUUACAGAAAACGAUGGAACUAAAGAAAUGGGGACAAAUUCAGUUGUCCAAGGGGGAAAAUACCAAUAGUGGUGGAAAAACCUGGCAAAGGAGGAAAAAACACGAACAGUUCGGUAUAAAUCGCUUAUUUUUGAUGAAAAAACCCAAUUUUAAGUUCAAAAAUGAUCCAUAAGGAUCGUUAGGCAGAGAUUUCUGCUAGAUUUUAUAAGAUAAGAUAAGAUUCUCGGCUCGGAGUCCGUCCCAGUUUGCAGUAGCCAUAAGGUCUGGACUGCUGCGCCAAGAGGGCAGGUUGGCACGUGUCGCCAUUUUAAUGUAUAUAAUUUGUUGCAAGAGACAACAAAAUUAUUAUUUUUUUUAUAUAAAAAUUUUAUUUAAAAAAUUGCAUUUUUGUUGCAAUAGUCAUGAAGAUUGAGGGGGGGUCAUCGUUACAUUAUGUAUUUGGAGAAGAAAAUACUGUUUUUAGAAUCCUGCCUGAAGGACAAUACUUUGGAGAUUAUGAAGUUAUUAAAGGAACAACAAGAAAAUACAAUAUUUUAUAGUCCAGGGCCUGCUAUUGACCACCAAACUAUGAAUUUGGCUUGUUUACUGAUGUUGCCCGAGCCAACUCCUCCAGUUGGGCAGGUAUUGGACAGCCCAGGGUGGCCAAUAGCAGGCCUUGGGCUAUAGCAGCAUCAAAUGUACAUUUAUUAAUAAUGACCCAAAGAGUAAAUUUUAUUUAGAUCUGCGAAAAAAUACAAAUUGAGUUUCCAAAUAUUUGGAAAGAAAUGGAACAAAUUGCCGAAGAAAGAAAUGAAAGGGUUAAAUUUUCAUUGGCAGAAAUGAGGGUUCUGGUAAAGACUAAUAGAAGUGGGACUAUAAAAAAAAUUAGCACAAAUGAUUUUAAAGAGCUUAUAAAAAAAGAGCUACAGGAAAUUAACUAUGAAAAAGAUGAUAAAGAGGAGCUAUAUAAGCAGAGUGAGCAAAUGCAGAAUAAAGAACUUGCCAGCAUGAAAGAGCAGUUAAUAGCGAACAAUAAGAAGAUUGCUGAGUUAGAGAGUUAUCUUGUUAAGUUGUUAGAGUCAAAGGAGCAAGAAGCACUUACUAGAAGGUCGACGAGAAAGUCAGAAAAUUUGCCAGAUCUCAAGGUAGCAAGAAGCCCUUCUUAUGUUGAAAGUCCUUCUACAUAA